AACACCAAACCCAUGGCAAGGUUGUGCCUGCAUGAAAAGCUCAAGGAGAACACGCCUCUACGAAUCCUUUCACAGACACGGAAGAAAGUGAAUGUGACCCUGGAUCCCGGCACAGCUCAUGCCAACCUCAUCCUCUCCCAGGACCUGAAGAGAGUAAGAUGGGGAUGCAGGACACAGGACCUGCCCGACAACCCUUCACGAUUCGACUGGGAGCCCUUUGUGCUGGGCCAAGAGAAGCUCGCUUCCGGAAGACACUGGUGGGAGGUGGAAGUGGAAGAGGUGACGCCGCAGGCCAUGCGGGCUUCGCAAGAACCGUCCGUCAGGAGGAAAGGAGAGUCUCGUCCAAAUGAAAGGCAAUGGGAGUUGAAAGAAAACAUGGAGGUCUGGGCAGUGGGAGUUGCCAGAGAGUCCGUCGUGAGGAAAGGAAAGGUCAAUUUCAAUCCCAACGGGGGAAUCUGGGCUGUGGGCAAGGCCCUGCCAGACUCACUGAGGACGCCAUUGUCUCCUUAUCGGCUCACGGCGUUUACAUCCUCUGAGAGGACCCUCUUGAUCUUGAGAUACGAGCCCAGGAAGAUCCGGGUGUACCUGGACUACGAAGGAGGUCGUGUGGAUUUCUUUGACGCAGAUACAGAUGACUUGAUAUUCACUUUCCCUGCAGCCUCAUUCUCCGGGGAGAGGAUAUGUCCCUUUUUCGGGGUGUAUUGGGGAGUCAGACUGAGCUGCUGAAAUCUCAAAUUCCCCAAGCUCAACCCAAUGGCCGAGUGCCAAAUUCUGAACUGUGAGUGCUCUUUGCGACCAGCCGCACAUGAGGGAUAAAAGGGAAAUGGAUUUUUGACCGAUGCAGAUG